GGAACGAUAAUGGAUCUUGUGAAGGGCAUCAUUAGCAACUCGGGUGCACUGAAAGAGACCGCGAAGCUCGUGGUCAUGGGUUCCGCGAUUGAGGCAACUCGCCGUGCCAGCACAAGUGCAUGGAAUUCGCUCAUAGAGUCCUUUUUCCUGACGGCUCAUUUCAGCCAAGAAGAUUAUCCUUAUGAUUGGAUUAUGCACUGGCUCUCAAAACAACCCUCAUACAACGCUUCACGUGAAUUUGAUGUUGGCACUGCACGUUCGGGCAGCACGGGGAUCGAAUCCACCGAGGCUGAUGCAGAGGAAGAAGAUACUCCCGGAAGGCGAAGGGCCAUCGCGUUCUUGCCUUCCUUAGAUGUCACGCAUUCAAUUUUUUACCACGGGCACUGGCUUAAGAUCACUCGUACCCGACGGGGUGGACACUAUGGCGGUUAUUCAGAAAUCAGGAUUACCGUCGUAGCUCGUAAUAACAACAUUCUCAAGACGCUCAUUAUUCAAGCUCGUCGUGAAUAUGAAGCGGACAUGGAACAUCGAGUUCAUAUCUUCCUUGCUGAAAGCUCAAGCUGGCGAUGGAACGGUGCCCACCAAAAACGACCGCUGUCUUCUGUCGUUCUCGAGCCGGGUGUUAAGGACAUGUUAAUUUCCGAUACCAAAGAUUUCCUCGCUUCAGAGGCCUGGUAUGCGGAUCGAGGCAUUCCCUACCGCCGAGGAUACCUUCUUCACGGGGUGCCUGGAAGUGGGAAGACUAGUCUAAUUCAUGCUAUUGCUGGUGAAUUGAGUCUUGACAUUUAUGUCGUGAGCCUGAGUGCCAAAGGGAUGAGCGACAACACUUUGACAACUCUAUUGUCACGCGUCCCUUCCAGAUGUAUUUUGUUGCUCGAAGAUCUUGACGCGGCAUUCACUCGCUCUGUGACCCGUGAUUCCAAGUCGACUGGUGUUCCCCUCACCUCAACUACGACGACCACUACUUCGGCCGUCCCAACAGUUGCAGUCCCCGAUGAUCCAAACACACUAUCUCUUUCGGGUUUGUUGAAUUCCCUUGAUGGUGUUGCGGCUAGUACUGGGAGAUUGUUGUUCGCUACGACUAAUCAUGUUGAAAGACUUGAUCCUGCUUUGACUCGUCCUGGUCGACUUGAUGUGCACGUUGAUUUUAAGCACGCGAGCAAGUGGCAAGCUGAGGGCAUUUUUAAGAACUUCUUCCCAACUAAGCCCAAGGUUGAGGACGCCACAGAAGUCAACUCAUCUGAUGGCGGCGCUAGUCCACCUGCCCCCCAGUCGAGCAAUCCAAAAAAAUCAUCUCGACACGCUAUUCCUCUUUUGGAGGAAGAGGAGUUAGAUCAGCUGGCAAAGGAAUUUGCUGCUCGCAUUCCAGAGAAUGAACUUAGUGUUGCUGGCCUUCAGGGAUACCUUCUUAGGAACAAGACUCGUCCACGAGAAGCUGUGAAAGAAGUGGGAGAAUGGAUUGAGAAGGAACGAGAGGCGAAGGCUAAAAUCCAGAAGUUAAAGGAGGAAGAGGAAGCAAAAGCGAAGGAAGCGGAGGUCGUUGAAGAAAAGGAGAAAGGGAAGGAGAAAGAAAAGGAAAAGGAAAAAAAUGACGAAAAAGGAAAGGAAGAAAAGGUUAACGAAAAUGAGGAUAAGACUAUCACGGAGAAGGCUGAUGAGCAAAAAGAAGUCCUUAAACUUCGACGCUUGAAGCGCCGUGCGCCCGCAAAAGCUGAAACCGCCGUAACUAAAACCACCAUUUCAUCACCUAGCCCCGACUCCGAGUCGGAUUCCGAAGAUCAACGCGAGCCAACCCCU